ACCCUACAUUUUCAUGAUUUUGAUCAUUUGAAUAGUAAUCGAAAAUGAAAAUAUCAAGACAGAAAAAAAUUAAUAAGAUUUUAAAUUUUUACAUAAACAAUUUUGGUUUUCAUAGUCCAUUUCAAAUACUUAUUGAUGGAACAUAUUGUUACGCAGCUUUAAAGAAUCAACAUAAUAUACAAGAAGUAUUACCAAAAUAUUUUCUAUCAGAAUUAAAAUUAUUAACAACACCAUGUGUUGUUAUUGAAACUGAAAAUUUAGGGCCCAAAGUAACUGGUGCUGCAAUUAUAUUAAAAAAAUUUGCAGUACAUAAAUGUAUACAUGGUGCAAAUUAUGUACCUGGUUCUAAGUGUAUUAAAUCAAUGAUAAAAGAACUUAACAAAAACCGUUAUGUAAUUGCAACUCAAGAUCGUGAGCUUCAAGAUUAUAUACGUAAUCAAGCGAUUGGCGUCCCAUUACUAUAUUUACAUAAAAAAACACCUGUGUUAGAAAACCCGUCAAACGCAACCGUGGAACAUACAAAAUUACAUAAAACGCAACGAUUUCAAUUGAAUCCAAAUGAGGUAAAUUUAUUAACUCAAUUGAAAGUAAAGAGUGGUAUUCAACAAGAUGAAAAUAGUGCAAGUUUUCGUAAAAAGAGAAAGAAAGGUGGUCCAAAUCCAUUAUCAUGCAAAAAGAAAAAGAAAGUGACAGAUUGCAAGAAAAUUAUUAAGAAUAAUAGUGAAAAUAAAAUUAAGAAAAAUAGAAAACGUAAGCGUGUUCGAAUUCCAGAUCAUGUUAAACAAGAAUUGUUGCAAUCGAAAUAAGUUAUUAUUAUAAAUAUAUCUUUUUAAAUGA